CCCGCCCCCACUUCCGGUGUGGAUUACGAAAUCGCUUGGCGACCCGAUAAGGGUUUCCGGGAAAGAUCUCCUGGGCCGGGGGGUGCGGUCCCGGGUGGGAGCGAGGUGGAGGGAGAGUUUCGGGCCGGGGUCGCGGGGCCUGACCUCGCUGUCCCCCCUGCACUCGGGGUUCGGCGCAGCCAUGGAGAACGGAGGGCGGCCCUCGCUGGGCCAGUUCAUCCUCCUGGGCACCAGCUCCGUCGUCACCGCCGUCCUGUACUCCGUGUACCGGCAGAAGGCCCAGGUCGCCCAAGAGCUCAAGGGAGCUAAAAGGAUCCACUUGGGUGAAGACUUAAAGAGUAUCCUUUCAGAAGCUCCAGGAAAAUGUGUGCCUUACGCUGUUAUUGAAGGAGCUGUUCGGUCUGUUAAAGAAACGCUCAACAGCCAGUUUGUGGAAAAUUGCAAGGGGGUGAUUCAGCGGCUGACGCUUCAGGAGCACAAGAUGGUGUGGAACCGAACAACCCACCUCUGGAAUGACUAUUCAAAGAUCAUUCACCAGAGGACCAACACGGUGCCCUUUGACCUGGUCCCCCACGAGGAGGGCGUGGGUGUGGCCGUGCGGGUGCUGAAGCCGCUGGACUCCGUGGAUCUGGGCCUGGAGACUGUGUAUGAGAAGUUCCACCCGUCGAUACAGUCCUUCACUGAUGCCAUCGGCCACUACAUCAGCGGGGAGCGGCCCAAGGGCGUCCAGGAGACCGAGGAGAUGCUGAAGGUUGGGGCCACCCUCACGGGGGUGGGUGAACUGGUCCUGGACAACAACUCGGUCCGCCUGCAGCCCCCCAAGCAGGGCAUGCAGUACUAUCUGAGCAGCCAGGACUUCGACAGCCUGCUGCAGAGGCAGGAGUCGAGCGUCAGGCUCUGGAAGGUCCUGACGCUGGUGUUUGGCUUUGCCGCCUGCGCGACCCUCUUCUUCAUCCUCCGAAAGCAGUACCUGCAGUGGCAGGAGCGCCUGCGCCUCAAGCAGAUGGAGAAGGAGUUCCGGGAGCACGAGGCCCAGCUGCUGAGCCAAGCCAAGCCCGAGGACAGGGAGAGUCUGAAGAGCACCUGUGUCGUGUGUCUGAGCAACUUCAAGUCUUGCGUGUUCCUGGAGUGUGGGCACGUGUGUGCCUGCACCGAGUGCUACCAGGCGCUGCCAGAGCCCAAGAAGUGCCCCAUCUGCCGGCAGGAGAUCACCCGGGUGAUUCCCCUGUACAACAGCUGACAGUCUCGAAGCCCCACGGUUACAUGAAAGGAAGCUCUCCCCUUUCAGGGGUUUUAUCUCAAGGCCUUAGAAGAGUAUGGGGGGGAGGGGUGGGGCAGCUGCUAUCUCCAGGUAUGACUGAGGGAGGGAGUGGGGGAGCCGUCCAGACCUCACACUCCAACCUGAGAGGGAACCCUUCCCAGCACAGGAGAGUCCAAGCCCGCCCUGGGUGGGUGUGCUGGCCUGGCCUCCCUCCCCGGAGCCCGCCAAGUGCGACUGUGAGCACCUCAUCGCUCCGGCGCCAGAGCCAGUGAUCUUCAGCUCGUGCCCCGUGUCUUCGGGUCCUUUCUGGUGACUCUGAUUCUUGUGGACUUGAGCCUUAAGUGACUCAGAGUCGGGCUCAGUGUGACGCACGCCUCUCGGAGCUGCCUCUGGAGAGACUGUCCGGGUCUCUCUUCCUUUUGCUCACACCCCGGGAGAAAAUUGUAAGGCUGGACACGUCACUGUGGCCCUUCCCCCUCACUGCUUGC